CAAGCCGAGACGUGUCGAGAGCGUUGUGUUGGACGACGAGGCCAUACUGUAGUGUUACAUCUAGGCUUGAUACAUUGAUUCCCUGACACCGAGUCAGAUUCGCCGGAGAGAUUAAGCUGACCACAUCAGUAACAUAGUUUCAACUCAUGCACCACGAUUAGGUGCCCUUUUGGAACGUUGUGAUUUUCCAUAACAGAGGGUCAUGUUGACGCUCUUGUUAGUCUCGUCAUUCUUAGUCACGUGUAGUGCACGUGCAGCUAACGAUGUGGCCGCUCAACCCCGGAAUAUUGGAAGAGAUCCAAUGUUUAAAAGGGUGUGCUACUACACCAACUGGUCCCAAUACAGAAAACAGCCGGCUCGCUUUUUCCCAUUCAACAUCGACCCAUUUCUCUGCACACAUCUGAUUUUCGCUUUCGCCAAGAUUGAUUUCAAGGGUCAACUUGCUCCAUAUGAAUGGAACGAUAUACAAUAUCCACAUUUAUACAAACAGUUCACUGGCUUAAAGAAGAAAAACCCACAUUUGAAGACCUUGUUGGCUGUCGGUGGGUGGACGCAUGGUUCCAGACCUUUUACAGACAUGGUAAAGACACCAGAAGGACGGAAAUCCUUCAUCGAACAAUCUAUUCAGUAUCUGAGAGCCCAUAACUUUGACGGAAUUGAUCUUGACUGGGAAUACCCUGCUAACCGAGGCAGUCCUGCAGAUGACAAGAAGAAAUUCUCCCUACUCGUAAUGGAACUGAGAGAUGCGUACGAGCAGGAAGCUGUGAGGGCGGGAAAGGAGCGUCUACUGGUGACGGCAGCAGUUGCCGGAGGAGAAAAGAUUGUCAAAUCAGCCUAUGAGGUUCCAGUAAUCAACAAAUAUCUUGACUUUAUAAACCUAAUGAGCUACGAUCUAAAUGGAGCCUGGAGCAAGGUGUUGGGUAUCAAUGCUCCCCUCUACAAAUCAAACACUGUUGACCCUGCGAUCAAAUCGACGAGUGUGGAUGAAGUUGUACAGUUGUGGCUGGACCUAGGUGCCACCCGAGACAAGCUAGUGAUGGGUAUCCCCACCUAUGGCCGUUCCUUCACGCUCUGCUCGGAGAAAGACAUCAACGUUGGCGACAAGAACUGUGGAGCAGGACGCCCUUCACCCUUCACAAGAGAAAAGGGAUUUGUCUCUUACUAUGAGAUGUCCAAGUACCUUCAACAAGACUGGACACGGGUAUGGCUAGAGGACCAGAUGGUGCCGUAUGCCUACAACCUCCGUCUUAAGCAAUGGGUCGGCUACGAUGACAUUCAGAGCGUACAGCUCAAGGCACAGUACAUCAAGCAUCGUCAGCUGGCAGGAGCUAUGGUGUGGGCUGUGGACCUGGAUGACUUCAGUAAUCUAGCCGGACGUGGUGAAGUCUACCCACUUUCCAAGGCCAUCAGAGACGUUUUGGAAGAUGCUGACUAUCCCGCAUUCACCCCACCUCCGAAACUCGCAACGACAAAACAAAAGGCUAAAUCGACGCAAAGACCAGGGAAGGACACUUACAAACAGGAGGAGGCCGUAACAAAGAAGAACAAAAGUUCUAAAUUUAACAAUUUGAAUACAGUGAGAAAAUCUCCCUUCAAACCCCCGCCCAGGAGGACCAGCCGAACAUGGACGUCAACGACAGCAACAAGACGACCAACAACGCACUCUGUCACCAUACUAAGGAGGACUACUACUAAGGCGACUCCAACGACAGUUAUAACAACACCUACCUCACAGCCAACUACCACAAAACCACGACGCUCCACCCAUAGAGCAGUCAUAUCCUCCAGAAGAUCGCCAUACAAGAAACCUGUGAAACUUACAAAGCUAUCAACCCGUCGGCCAAGUGUUUGGCAAAGAGUAACAUCAACAUCGACAGUUUCUCCGAAGUUCACUUCAACAAAACGUACAAGCAGACCUUCUUCCAGACGUACUGUAAGAACGGCUAGGCCCACUAGGCCGUCAUACAGACAUACAAGCACACGGAAGCCAUUUUACUUGCGAACCAACCCUACACGGCCAACUCAAGCUAAACGUGUGACACCAUCACUGCCCCCAGUAAUGUCCUCUUCACCAAAAUAUCCACAAUGGGUUCCCGUUGUAAUCACUACAAAAGGAGUAACACCCACAAAACUGCCAGCUUUAAAGAAAUCAUCACAUGAUCUGAAAAUUAAUGAUCAUAAAAACUCCCUGUUAUCCAGAAAGAUUACACCCAACAAGAACAGUAAGGAUAAAGUUGUUCGGUUUGGACCUAAACCUUCUUAUAGGAAGAGUCCUUACACUCCUCCUCCCUCCUAUCUGGCAAAGCAGGCUUCUUUUCCUGGUUCAGGUGUUGACCCUUCAAUUGCCACCAAAGUUUUGCAGCCAAAGUGGCCAUCUAAGAAAGUCAUCAACAUUUUCCAAAAGUCGACAAUGAAAACUUCCAUUUCGAGUUUUGAAACGGUUUCCUCUCCUGAAACAACAAUCGUGAAUGUGAAGAGAGUCACCAAACCAACCAGAGUGAAUGUUGUCAGCAAACCGUCAGCCGCUGUGUAUGAGCAUAACCUUUUGGAAAGUAUUCAGAGCACGACUCACAGGGCCCGUUUCAGUUUCAAACCAUGGACCAGAUCAACAACAUCAUCAACAACACCAUCAACAACAACCUCUACUUCUACAACUACCCCAUCAACGACUACAUCAUCCAAGCCCACUUGGAGACCACCGUAUUCAUUUAAGCCCUGGAGUAAAUCGACAUUUAAACCAAACAUUUCUACGAUAUCCAUUCCCAACGCAAACGCUACAACUGUUGAGAAUACGACUGAGACAACUGUAUCAACUACAACAUCUACAACUUCUUCAUCAACAACUUCCACACCGUUAACAAGUACAUCUACAACGCCUCCAAGCACAGUGACUUCAACCACUCUUCUUUCCACAAGUAAUGUACCAAGAACAUCCCGAAGGCCUCGAUACUCCUUCAAACCAUGGAGGCGGACUACACUCAAAGCAACUACCGCAGGAACAACAACAGUCACAGAACCAAUACCUACAACCGACACAGGAAUGAGAGCUGCAAUGUUCAAACCAAAACUGAGUGCACCUACAAUGACUUCAAGAGUGAGUACAUCCCUUCCCAAAUUCAGGCCUUGGACGAGAACAAGUCAAUUUACAACAACACCUCAAACACCUUCAUCUACGAAGGCUUUCUUCCUUUUCGCUCAUCUUACAAAGAAAAGACCGGCAAGGCCAACCACAACACCUUCUAGGAAACAAACUGCUAGACCUACAACGAGAACCACAAGGCCAACUACUAAACCAACCACAAAACCAACCAAAAGGCCAACUACUAAACCCAUCACAAAACCAACCACAAGACCAACUACUACCCCAACCACAAAACCAACCACAAGGCCAACAACUAAACCAAGCACAAGGCCAACUACUAAACCAACCACAAAACCAACAAGGCCAACUACUAACCCAACCACAAAACCAACCACAAGGCCAACUACUAAACAAACCACAAGGUCAACUAGUAAAACAACCAAAACACCGUCCACAAGACCAACUACUAGACCAUCCACAAGACCAACUAUUAAACAAACAACUAGAGCCACCAUUAAACUAACGACUAGAUCAACAACAUCGACUACAUCUCCACCCACAACAUCAACCUCAACCUCAAGACCAACACUAGCAUCACGUAGGAUAACGCCAAGACCACGGCCUUCCACUAAGAAUUCAAGACAAUGGAAACAAACAGCAACACCACCGGCUAUCGUCAAAAUAAUAAAAGAAAAGACAUUCCCAAUGAGACGAACAACCAAGGCUUCUAAAGUAGUGACACUACCACCCAGGAGAACUACUCCACGAUUUAAAAAGAGACACCCUGAAAUUAAGUUUACCAAAAGAGGACCUACACAGAAUAUAACAUCCACCACCCCAGACCUGAGAGCUGAAGAAGAUGGAGGGUUUGCAGCAUCUUCAUGGUCGACUGAUAUGCCAACAGCUCCCCCAACAUCAAUCGGAUCUCUUAGUGUAAAUCUGAAACAAAAUGGCGGUGACCUCGAUUCCGACUAUAGACGAGCAAGGAAAUAUACAUCUCCAAGUCCUGCUGGACCACAAAAAAUAUUUGCUUGGAUGACAGCAAAAACAACUAAAUCAUUAAAGGUCAUUGGAACAACCAAGAAAGCCACAUCAAAGCCCGAGACCACUCCAUUGACGACAACGCAAUCGACGGCAUCACCUACUACAACGACGCCUACUACUACAACAACCGUUUCCACUUCAACAGCUCCUACAACGACUUCAACGUCAGCUGCUACUACCAGAACUAGUACUCUAAAACGAACAACUCACAGCCUAAUGGAGGCCGGGCUUGGGCUUGACCAUACUCACCCAAAUGUCAAAUUUUCGACCCUAAGGAAGGGUCUCAGGAAAGGUCUCGUCAAUAACAGACGCGGUAUGCGAUUCUUUAAAAGACCAUUCAUUAGGGUAACACCACCAAGACUUGCCACUCCUCCACCUCCAACUGAUGGAGCCUAUGUCCUCACUGUUCCCAAAACCAGUGACUGUGACCAUAAGAAUGAGGACAUCAGGCAACCUGACGUGCAAGGACCAUAUGACAACCAGCGCAAUCAGAGACCAUUGAUAAUGAAUACUGAUUAUAUUCAACCAAGACCAAAAUUGAAAAAACGCCCACACCACGGCUUCGUAGUUGAGAACCUUAAAGACAAUCUCUACAGGAGGCAGGAACAAAAAAGGAAUAACUAUGGCCAUAAUUAUAAGAUCGCUACAAAACAGACAAGACCUCAAAGACUUUACAGCACAAAUGUCAGAUAUCACGUCCCUUCACGAAAUUCUUUUAGACAACCAAGACCACAAACUGGGUAUAAUAUUCCAUCACGGAAGGUAACACAGCCGCAGAAAAGAGUCAUCGAUUACAGAGUUCCUGGAGGAAAGUUCGACACAAUUCAACAGAAUCUGGAGAUAAAAGCACAAGAAAAGAAACAUAUUAUGGAAGCUACAGAAAAAGAAAACUUCAAUAAAUUUGCCAUUCCAGAAUUCCGAUGUCCAUCAGUGUUUGGAAUAUUCCCGGACAGAACGGACUGUCACAGUUUCUAUCAGUGUGUGUGGUUUGUGCCAUUUCAUCAUAUGUGUGGUAAGGGAACUGUAUGGAACGAUACCAUGAAAAUCUGUGAUUGGCCGCAGGCCGUUACCACGUGUCCAACGUGACGUCACAAGAAGGCUCACGUGAGAGCCAUCUGAAAAAAGACUUUGGGCAAACUCUGGGUUUGGUAAAUGUAAAUAGUAACUUGUUUAUACGAUGAUAUUUUAUCAAAUGUUGAAUAUAUUUUAUACGUGUAUAUAAUUUAUACUGUUUUCAUUACUUUUAUCAGAAGAAGAAUGCAUUGAUAUUGCCAUUUUUAUCUUCUUGUGAAUAAAAUAUUCUUUAUACGA